GCUUUAGCAGAAGGGAGGCGUAAAGUAGUGCAGGCAAGGCGAGAAGGGCAAGAAGGAGGAGGGAGGAGGGAUGGUGAAGAAGAAGGAGGCCGGCGAUGCGGAGGCCGACGAGCGGCGCCGCCUCCGCUCCCUCGCCUUCUCUAAUGGCUUACUCCAGCGCGGGGAGCCGGCGGCGCCGCGCUCGGCGCUCGCGCCCUCCACUGCCGUGUCGCGGCUGCAGGGCCGCGACAUCGUGCGCCGCGGCGGGCAGCGCAAGAGCCGCUUCCUCUUCUCAUUCCCCGGCCUCCUCGCGCCCGCGGCUGCUGCCUCGGGCGGCCGCGUCGGCGAGCUCGCUGAUCUUGGCACCAAAAAUCCUCUGCUCUACCUCGACUUCCCACAGGGGAGGAUGAAGCUGUUGGGGACGCAUGUGUACCCCAAGAACAAGUAUCUGACACUGCAGAUGAGCAGGUCCACCAAGGGCGUUGUCUGCGAGGACGUCUUCGAGAGCCUGAUUGUUUUUUCUGAAGCCUGGUGGAUUGGAACAAAAGAAGAAAACCCACAAGAACUGAAACUGGAUUUUCCAAAAGAGUUCCAGAAUGAUGGGGCUGUUGCAGAUUCUGAUUUUAAAGGUGGAGCAGGUGCUUCCUGUGAUGAAGCUGUUACCAUCAAUAAACCGCCAAAGGAAACCACCACAGGAUCCCUUUCCCCAAAGAUUGAAUCUGACAUUGAUUCUUCCGAGGAUUCAGACCUUAAGGACGAGGAUAACACACAAAGCACUAGUCAAGCACCUUCAGUUAGGCAGUCUGCUAGAACUGCUGGGAAAGCCUUGAAGUAUACUGAGAUAUCCUCUGGAGACGAUUCAUCUGAUAAUGACGAUGAGAUUGAUGUCCCUGAGGACAUGGAUGAGAAGGUGAAGAGUCCGGCAGUUAAGAAUGAAUCCCAAAGUGAAGACAUUAAACCUGCAGAUUCAUCUGCGCAGCCUAUCUCAGCUAAGAAGGAGCCACUCGUUCAGGCUACUCUGUCUAGCAUGUUUAAAAAAGCAGAAGAAAAAAAGAGAUGUACUAGAAGCCCGAAAGGAUCUCCAGCAACAAAAGGACCUGCUGCUAAGAAGCAGCGAGCAAGUCCAGAGGAAAAACAUCCAACAGGGAAGAAGAGUGCUGGCAGAAGUCAGAAAAAGAGAAAAACACAGGUAGAAGAUGACGAAAUUGAAGUGCUCUCAAGUUCCUCCCAGGAUAACAAUGUGGACGAUGAUAGCGAUGAAGACUGGGCUGAGUGAUGUGCAGCUGAAGUUGAAAGGAAUGUAGCACUCGGUGAUGAAGAGUGAAGGAUGCAAGAUUGUGGGCAAUUGUUUUCUUUUGGGGCAAUAUCACAAUUGAUGUGUUUGAGGAGCUUAGGUUCUGACCUGACCAUUGAUGAGAUAUAUCAUCAUAGUCUUUUCAUCGUACUGGUGAAAUUGAAAACCGAGAAGUGUGAUCUGUUAGCACUAGAUUUAUUAUUUAUUUGACUUGUUGUAAUGUAACAUAAACAAGAGCUGAUAAAUCAUUGUUAGGGUCUGCAAUGCAAAUUAGUACGGCAAUUGCAGAUAUAAACUAUACCAUUGAUGAAGAAAAUGAUUGUUGUGUAUUUAUUUAUGGUAUUGAUAAAUUAAACGGUUUUAUCUGAACAA